GAAAAAUGUUUAUAAUUAUAAAUAUAACAAACUUUUAAAGUUCUAAGUAAUCAUUUUUCGUAUAGCUUUGUUCCGAUCGUUUAUACUAUUGCCGAGUUAAUGAUUUACCAGACAUGUUGUUGACUUUGAUCGUUUUUAAAAUUGAUUUAAACAAUUAAUGGCAUGUGUGGUAAGUGUAAAUAUGGCCCAUCCUAUAAUAGUUAACUUGUAAGAUCCCACCCUAUACUAUUGCAUUGGCCUAUAUAGACAUAUCACAUUUGGAAAUAUAAUUACCAUACUGCAGUUUGUUUCUGUGAAAUCAAUCUUUAUUAUAAUUUUAUUUAACGACAAGGUAUCUUUGUAAUAUGAUACUCGUAAUACUUGUACCAUAAAUUAUAAGAGUAUUGUUUUCAUUUUUUUUUUUUAGGUAAAAACAACACACUGGGAUGAAAAAUGAUGUAAAUAAAGUACAAAAGUACAAAUUAAGAUAACCAAUGAAUUUUCUCUGUUAAACUGUCAACUACCUGACAUGUCUUUAUUGCCAGAAGUAAUUUGAAUUAAAAUAGGUAUGUUUAAAAUUGUAAAACAAUUAUUUUAACAUAUGAUCUCUUUUUUUUUCAGAAAGAACCUUUAAAGUUUGAUGUAAAUCUGUGUGGAGCUCCUGAAGAAAUAGUUCAUUUAGUGGAUAAUAUUAAAAAAGUACAAUCUAAUUCAAAGUAACACAAAUAUUUUAAUUUAAAUAAUAUGUUUAAUUAUACUAUUGUAGGUAGGAGAACAAUUUUUAUAUCAUUGGAAAACAUUCCCAAUUAUUUUACCGCCUACAGCAAUUACAACAAAAUUUCAAAUAAAUGGAAAUGAUUCAACUUAUGGUUCAGGUAAAUAUUACUAUCUUGACCAUUAUUAUACAUGAUAUUAUUAUCAAUUUUCGCUUAGGUACAGAUUCAAAUUGCACCUUGGCCCGACGAGCUAUAACAUCUAUCCGUUCUAUCAAUUGUCGAGACCUUUUUGUUCCACCGUCUUUUGAUGAAUUGGAUGCAGUUGCUGUAAAUACUAAAGGUGAACCUAGGCAUUUAAACAUCAAACAACUAGAAUCUUUACGGGAACGUGGGUAAGUUUACUUCAUAAAUACAGAGUGAUUCACUCAACUGAAGACGCUCAUUAUUUGGAAAAGUAUUAACUUUUUUUGUAAUUUCUUUUAUAGAUCAUUUAUAAAUUUACAAUUUUACAUUUAUGUUACCCCUAUUUUUGGGGGUGAUUAUUACAAUGCCCCACAGUCUGUGUUCCCACUAAAAUGAUGCUCCACUAAAAAAAGGGUGACAAAAAAAAAUAAUUAUGUGACAUUUUAGAAUUAUUUGUUUCUUAAGUUUUCAAAAGGAAAAAGUUAUUCCUUUCCGAGGUUAUUAGUGUUUUCAGUUGAGUGAAUUAUUAGCUAUACAUAAAACAGUUUUUAAAUGGAUAUUGCAAUUUUGUUAUUAUUAUUAAGUCUGGACAAGGAUAUACAUGGAAAGCCAAAGAAGUUAAAUUCAAAACAAUUGGACACUAUUCGUAAACUAGGGUAUGUCAAGGUUUUGACAAAAUUUUAGGUUGUUUGUUUUCAUUUGGUUUAUGGCUUAUAUUAAUUUUUUUUUUUUUGUGCACCAUAUUUUUUAUAUUUAAGUUAUUUGUAUUUACUUUAUUUAGUAUUAUCAAUUAUUAUUUUUAUUUCAAGGGAAUUUGAAGUAGCUAGUCUUAAUUUUGUUGGACAAACACACAAAUGGAGAUUAACAGAAUGGUUACAAAAAGGAACAGAAAGAAAUCGAGAAACAUUAUUAGACGAUCUAGCAUUUGCUUUACAAUUUUUAUUGGUAACUGCAAGAGCACGACUAUUCUCACAUUUUUUUAGCAUUGCAGAAUCUAUAAAGGCGAUUUUAACUGGUUUCAUUAAAUUAAUUGGUAUAAAUUAAUAUAUUUUAAAAUAACUAUUUUUAUUUUUUAAAUUAAUUGUACAUUUUAUAAAUUUAUAGAUAUUAUAUUUGGAGUUCCCUCUUUACAAGCACAUAAUUUACCAGAAAAAAUAAGAGAGGAACGUUGUCGUUACUUGGUUGCAGAAUUAAUUUGUCGAGUAUGUUAUACUAAAUUUAUUUUUAAUAAUAAAAUAAUUUUCAAAUUUCUUAUUUAUAAUCUUGUUAAUUGUAGCCAGAACUAGAACAUGCCUUGGAGCAUAUUAUAAGUUUUGUACGUAAACAAUUGCGAAGAGCAGCAACUGAAAAAUUUGAACCAUCAAAAGAAGCUAUGUCACCUCAGAUUCCAAUUCCUUAUCAAUUUUUGACGCCUAAAGUAAUAUAAAUUAUAUUAGAUCAUUGCAAAUUUCAAAUUUUAAAUUUAUAUUAUAGCGUGAAGAAAUUGAUUUGAGACUUUUUAAUCGAGACAUUAUGAAAAAAGCAUUACCUGUGAUAAUGGGAUUGUUGGAGCGUGAAACGCGAGGUUGGUUUCUACAUUUUAGGGAAAAACUUAUUUAUGAAUUAAAAACACAAAAAUUAUCAGAUGAAGAAAUUGAAAAAGUAAACAUUUUAAUUGAUAAUUGAAUUAAUGAUUUAUUAAUUUGUUAUAUUUUAUUUCAGUCAGUUAAUGAAGCAGUUAUGAAAGAAUACUUACAACGUGUAUAUAAAAGUAUACUUAAUAAUGUUGAACUUCAGAUGUUAGGUGAUGGAAUUCCUAAACUUUUAAUCAACCAAGCACAGUGUAUUGUUCUUAUGCAUAGGUUAAUUAAUAACAUAAUUUAAAUGAAAUUACAUAUAUAUUAAAAUUAAAUUAUUUUUAUAGGGCGGUUGAAAAUGUACAAAGAAAAAUAAUUAAACAAAAAAACACACUAUCCCAAAGAAUGCAAUAUACUUAUCCCGUUUUAUCACGGAUUGGACCUUGGAUGCGAGACAAGCAAAGAAUUGCUGAGGUUAUUAAAUUAUUACUUUAUAUAUUAUAUUAUUGUAAAUUGAAGUUUAUAUAUUAUAGGAAAAGUUUAUUCAAGAAUGUCAAUGGAGUGCUCAUGAAGAAGCAUUAACUCUUUGUAAAGAAUACAACUUGCAUCAAGCCAUAUAUUUUUUACAGAGGGAUUUGGCUUUCAUGCGAGAAGUAUAUGCAUUUUAAUACUAUUAUUAAUUAAUUCUUGAUAAUUUUGAAUAUCAAUUUCACAAAAGAAAACAAAUUUUAUUAAAAAUUGGAAUACAACUUAAUAUAAAUAUAUAAAAACAAAAUUUACUGUAAAUUAUUAAUUAAAAUAAAAACAUACAAUUCACUAUUGUCUACAUAUUAAAUAAUAGCAUUACCUUAGAGAGAACCUGUAUUAUCAAAAGAACUUAAAGCUGUGAAAAUUCCUACUAGAACAUUUCAUUGGCUAACACAAAUUUGGAAUCCAAGUAAUUGGACUGUACGAAGAUCAUUCCAAGGUCAAUCAGAAACAAUACCAACUGUAUUGAGCACAACAGCAACAGCUAUUACAACACCUAGGUCUAAUCCUAGUCAAGUAUGUAUUUUAACAAAAACUUAAGUAUUGUCUACUAUAUUAUAAUUUUUAUAAAUAUCAAGGCUAUAUUUUUGGUGGAAAAAGAAAUUACCCACACUACAACAACGAGAUGGCCAUUCUGGAGAGUUAUAAAUUACUUCUAUCGUACUUGGACAUGGACAUGGAAUGCAAUGUUUUUCUUUGGUGUCAGUAUCCCUUAAAAGAUAAAAUUGUUAUUGAUUUAUUUAUACUUUAAAAAUAUGUGAAUAAUUAUGAUUACUAUAAGCAGGUAGUAAUACCAUGGUGUAGUCCUGUCAGCGUACGUUCUUUGUUCUGUACUGAAUCGUUUUACCCAGAUUUAGAAUUAUCUCAAGUUAAUGGUACAUUAUUUCCUAGAAAAUCUUCACUUACUUCAACACUUCUAUCUAGAUUAAAUUCACUUUGGCGACAUAUAUCAAAAAGCCGAACCCAUUUUGAAACAAAACCUGAUACGGGUAUAAUUAAAUAUAAAUAUAUUAAUUAUAAUCAUGAAUAUUUUAAUAUUUGUUAUUUUUUAGGAUUUAUUGGUAAAGGAAUGACUAGACAUUUAAAUCGUAUUUGGAACUAUGUAAUCAAAGGUAUAUUUGGCACUUUGGCUAUGUUAAUUAUUUUUCCAGUUAUUUGUCUCUCUGUCAGUCUUGGAAGUCUGGUGGUGGCAUUAACUUGUCCAUUAUGGUGAUUUUCUUGAUGCAUUGUCAAUAAAUGUUAAUCAUAUUUAUAAAACAAAGAUAUACUUGUAGGAUGCCUUUGGUAACAUUAUUAUUACACAUGUUCAAUGGUUUAAUUUAUGAUUUGGACUCUCCAGCUGAAUGGAAAAACAGAUAUUUUGCUAUAAUAGAAGCAGUAAUAUGGAAUAUAGUUCUUCAAGGUGUUUUACAACCACUUAUAGCAUGUUUCAUUGCUUUUAUAUUAUGUCCAAUAAUUACAAUUAUAUUAUUCAUUGGUAAUUAUGAUAACUGAUUUACAAUGAUUUAAUUUUAAUUUUUCUUAACAAUUUUUAGUUACAUUGUUGAGAUACUGGUUUCGUUUAACUUGGGAUAGCAUUAUAUACCAUUUGGUGAUAAAAAAACGUGGAAGAAUACCAGCAUGUGAUAGUUUUAUUGUUAAACGUAUUGCUGGUCCAGGUAUGGCAUCAGAUUAUUAUUUCCAAAUCCAUCCUGAACAAGCUUUAGCUGCAUUUGAAGCCAAAAUGGAGCUUGAUGAAUUGAAUGCAUAUCAAAAUCUAAUGGAACAAAAAAUUCAACAGCCACAAAAAGAUUUUGCACGUUUUGUUGAAGUAUGUUUUGGACCAUUUAGUGCACAUUUAGCUAAAAAUGGAGCUUAUCGAGUGCUUGAAAAAGAAGGUCAAGAUUUGAUGACAGCACUUCAAGAUAAAUUAGAAAGAAGAUUACGUGAACUUCAAUCUGGUUUGUCUGCAAAUCUUAAAUCGAAAAUUAGACUAACUUCAAAGGAUCUUAAAGUAAAAUAUAAAUUGCUUAAAUAAUCAUAAAUAAUACUUCAACACAUUGUAUAUAUUUAGGUGACCGUUGCCUUAGCAUCAAAAAUGUUAGAACAUUGGUAUCCCCAACAUGUAAUACAGAAGCUAUCUAUUAGUGAAGAAGAAUUUUGGGAAUCUAAAGGGCUUGGAAUUAAUGAUUGGCCUGCUCUUGCUGUUGUGUUUUUUACUGAUAUAUUUAGUUUAGAUUUUCUUACACCAUUAGAUGAUACAGAUACUAAAUUUAAAUUAGAGGUAAUAAAUAUUAUUAAUAAAUAUAAUAUUAUAAUUUAAUAUUUUCAAUGCUGUUUAGACUGAACACAGUGUAGAUUUAUCCCGAUUUUCUAAUGCUAUUCAAAAUAUUAAUAUUGAUGGCCAGUGUUCAGAAAUGUCUAGUCCAUUAUAUUCAUCACGGGGGAAUAUACAAAUACAGUCACCAUACUUGGAGAUUUCAGCAUUUAAUCCUCGUUCAAAGCUACUACACUGCAAAUUUAAAAAAUUAGAAAAUGCUUGGUAUUAGUUGGAAAAAAAAAAAAAGUUGCAUUAAAAAUAAUAUACAUUUUGUUUUAGCAAUAGCAUUACUUAUACUAUGCUAUUAGGUGGACGUUUUAAGACUGGUACUCGCAGACACAAAGCAUAUUUAGGAACAAAUUCUGUGUCAUCUCAAAAGAACAAAUCUCGGCCAUGGAAACGACCCCAACAGCCAUAUAUGGCAGAUAAAUUGUGUAUACCAUUACCUGUUCCUCACCCAGCUCACAUAGCUUUAAUAAUAUAUAAUAGAGAUUCAGAAUCUCCUAUUACUUUAGAAUCUGAAAAUUAUAUUGGAAUAUUACGGUUUGUAACAUUUAAUUGUAUUUAUACAAAUGUAACUGAACUAUUUAAUAAAUUUAAUACAUAUUUUUCUUAGGUUUUUUUUUGUAAUAAUUACAAGAGUUCUGUUAUAAUUUUUAUAUUUUAUUUUAUUACUUUACUACUAAUAAUAAAAAAGUUAAAGUUUAAAACUAUUGAUUAGGUUAUGUUAUUCAUUUUUAAAAUUUGUUAAAAUUGUAUAUUUUUUGCUAAUUUUACUAAUGAUAAAUGAUAACGGUUUAUCAGACUCGCAGCUUAAAUUAAUAUGUUAAAAAUAUAAAAUUGUACAAUUUUUGAUAGAAAAAUAAAAUUAACCUGUUGAAAUUUAAGCAGGUAAAAAGUCAUAUUUGACAAAACUUAGAAAUUGUUUAAAAAUAAUUCUAAAAAUUAAAUUUAUAAAAUAGCUUUUUCAAUUUUUUUUUAUAUAUAUAUAUUAUUUUGAAUUCAUAAACAUAAACAUUUAACUAAAAAAUAUUUAAUUUAUAAUGUCAUAUAAUUUUUGUAAAAAAAAACUUCAAAAUAUUCAAUACAAAAAAAGUUAUUACACUUGUUAAAUAGUGCUAUUACACUUUAUAUACCUAUAAAAAAAUUAUGUAUAUAGAUAUAUGAAUUUAAUUAUAUAUUAUUUUAGAGCUUUGGAAGAUCGUACAUCUGAUCCUUUGUCAACUGAUUAUAUUCCUGCCAGUAGUUUUGAUAGUGCAGAUUCUCGUAGUUCUCUGACAUCUGAAAGUGUAGAACCUGAAGAACAGAAUGUUAAUGUUUAUAACUGGCAACGUGAUGACUGGAUGUUGCGAGCACGUCAAACUGGAGCAGUACGAGUAGAAUUAGCUUCACCGGAAGAUAUAAGUCUAGAUUCGGAAUCUACCAGAGUUGUAUUUGGUACAUUAGGAACAACUGUAUGACUGAUUUAGCUUAUACUUAAUUAAAUUAAAUACAUGACAAAAAAUAAUUUAUAGUAUUAAUAAAUUACUUAUUAUUUUAAAAGAAACACCAAAUAGCUUAUAUUAACAAAACAAAAUUUAAUAUAUUGAUAAUAAUAAGAUCAUUCCUUAAUUUAUAUUCAUAUAAAAGUAUAAUAGAAAAAUCAUAAUAAUCAAAUAAUAUAUACAAUUAUCAAAAAUAUUCAUGUUUCUUAUAAUAUUUCCUCGCAUUUUUAAACACUAAGUGUAAUAUUGACUUCUUAAUAAUUGUCUAGUCAUUAUAAUUAUUAAUUUUCUAUUAUAUUAAUAAUUUACUCAUUGGCGAAACUCAUUAAUUAUGUAGUAGUAGCACAUUAAAUUAAUACAUUAAUCUUUAACUUUUAUUACAUUAAACUUAAUUUUAAUUUCUUGUUUCCUUUUUUGUUCAUGUUUGUGCCAAAUAUGUGUUUUUCAGCUUAAAUGUAUGUUAUUUUGCAAAAUAUAAUAUGCUUAUUGUGAUUUUAUAUAAUUUAUAUUUUUUAUUAUUUGAUAUUGGUUUAGUUUAUUUUUAAUACAAAUAUUUAUAUUAUUAUACUCUUAAAAUUUUAUCUUCAACAUCAUAUUAAUGUUUUGUAGAUUAUUAUUAUAUGUUAAUGAACAAUUUUUUUAUUUUAAAAAAAAAACUGGUUUUAAUGUAUUUAAUGAAAAUUUGUGAUUUGAGUUAUUUGGUUGUGGCUGAAUCGAUGAAACUCAGCAAAUAUUAUCUAACUUGUAAUAUUAAUAUAAUAAUAAUACUAAGAUAAAUUUAUAUUCAAGUAAUUGUGUUAUUAAAUUACAAUAUAUAUGUUGUUAAUUAUUUUAUUUUUAAUACUUUUUUAGAAUUUCGCUUGUUAAUACUAAUUUGUGUAUAGAUAAUCUUAUUGCACAUACCUAUGCAUGUAUGUCUUUGUUCUUUCCUUAAAAUAUAAUAUAAAUAUAAUUUAUGAUGAAAAAGUAAUAUUAUUUUUAUAACUUGCAAAUUUUGUUUAUUAUAAAAAAAAUCUAUUGUAUUAUUAAUUAUCUGAAUACAAUUUAUUCAACUCAUAGACAUUGGGGUGUAAAGAAGUAUUU